CAUAAAGAUUAUAGUAGACUCCGGAGAUUGUUCGUGUGUCAAAGUUGGAGGCCGGACGCUUGAACGGCUACGUUUGCUCCUUCAACAUCUUUUGCUCGACUUCUCGUUCAUACCGCUUUACCGGAGAAGGUAUAAGUUUCUAUCUCUAGCUAUAGUUUUAAGUUCGCAGGUAGCAUGACAGUAGGAUGUCCGACCGGUGCGGAUGUGAAGACACCCGUGUUCGGUCCACGUGAGGGAAUGACUGGUAUGGCCGAAGCCAUAUUCGGUCCGAGUGGGGUGACCAUUGCGGCCGUAGCCGCGGUUGGUCCAAUAACCGAGGUGACCGGAGCGGACCCCAUAGUCGCGCUCGAUCCAACGAAUGUGGUGAUCGGAGUGGACCCCAUGGCCGCACUCGAUCCGAAAGGAAUGUUGAUCAGAGUGGUCUGCCCUACAGAGCCACCCAAUCCAGCCGAAACGUUCACAACCAGAGUCUCGGAACUACUCCCGUUUCCAGUGUUUGGAACUAGACAAGAGACGGCGAAAAAGACUUCGAGGAGCAGCGGUCGGCGAAGACGAGGUGCGGCCAUCCGUGGUAGCAACCUCCGAUCUACGCAGCUGCGACUUCAUCGACUUGUGGAAGCCGGAUCUAUGAUGGAACUGCGGCGGCCAGCGGCAAAGCAACCCACGGCAGUUCCCGACGAAGCUCUCGGCGUUGUAGAGUGGCUGACCUCCUUCCUUCCAUCAUCGACCUCAUUCCUCCUGUCUAAAUCAAGAUGAUUGUGGCCCUUCGGAUCUGUGGCCUUCCCCAAUUGCCAAAGAGACGGGGACGAUGCGUGAAUCGAUCAAUUUGAAGGCUGGAUGGUGGCUGCAGAUUGAGCGACCAGUGGGGAUCUUCCGUCACCUGUGAGGUCAUUGGGAGUUUAAUGACUUGUGGUGAUGGCUGUGGUGAGCGGCGACCAGCGUGAUGGGUCCGCGACCUACGCAGUCGGCGAUGGGGCGACCUGCAGAUGGUCAGCAAUGAGGUGACCCACUGCGGUCAGCGACGAAGCGACCAGCGGCGGUCGGCGAUAAGGCGACUGGCGGCGGUCGAUGGUCAGCAACGAGGUGACCC